AUGUCUGCCGCCGUCGAGCAGGCCGAGGCGCCUCACCAGACCUUCGAUACCAUCCUGGUGCUCGACAAUGGCUCACAGUACUCCCAUCUCAUCACGCGACGUCUGCGCGAGCUCAACGUCUACUCGGAGAUGCUGCCGUGCACCACCAAGCUCAGCGACCUGGCCUUCAAGCCCAAGGGAAUCAUCCUGUCGGGUGGUCCCUACAGUGUCUACGAAGAGUCGGCUCCGCACACCGAUCCCGCCUUCUUCGACCUUGGCGUACCGGUGCUGGGAGUGUGCUACGGACUGCAGGAGAUCGCCUGGCGACUCGGCAAGGAGAACGUUGUCGCCGGUACUGAAGGGCAGCGUGAGUACGGGCUCGCCGACAUUGUAGCUCAGCGCCACAACAGUCAUACCGACCGCCUGUUUGAGGGCUUGGAAGACGCCAUGCAGGUCUACAUGUCUCAUGGUGAUAAGCUGAGCCAACUCCCUGACGGCUUCUGCACCAUCGCCACAACACAGAACUCGCCAUUUGCUGGUAUUGCCCAUACCGAGAAGCCCAUCUAUGGCAUCCAGUUUCACCCCGAGGUGACCCAUACGCCGCGUGGGACAGCCCUGCUGCGGAACUUUGCUGUCGGCAUCUGUGGAGCUAAGCCAGACUGGUCCAUGUCCAGCUUCUGCGACCAAGAGAUUGCUCGGAUACGGAAGCUUGUUGGUGACAGAGCCCAGGUCAUCGGGGCCGUGUCUGGCGGCGUCGAUUCGACUGUUGGCGCCGCAUUGCUCAAGGAGGCCAUCGGAUCGCGAUUUCAUGCUGUGCUCGUCGACAAUGGUGUCAUGCGCCUGAACGAAUGCCAACAGGUCAAGGAGACGCUUGCCGAGCACCUGGGCAUCUCUCUCACCGUGGUAGAUGCGUCGCAACGAUUUCUCGAUGGCCUGAAAGGUGUCGUCGAUUCGGAGAAGAAGCGCAAGUUCAUAGGCAACACCUUCAUCGACAUAUUCGAGGAAGAGGCUCUCAAGAUAGAGAAGCGAGCCGAGAACACGCCCAACGCAGGGAAAGUCGAAUGGUUCCUCCAAGGCACACUCUAUCCCGACGUCAUCGAGAGCAUCUCCUUCAAGGGGCCCUCGGCAACCAUCAAGACUCAUCACAACGUGGGAGGGCUGCCCCAGCGGAUGAUGGACGGCCAAGGCCUGAAGCUCAUCGAGCCCUUGCGAGAACUGUUCAAGGAUGAGGUCAGAGACCUCGGCCGACAGCUUGGAAUUCACGAGGAUCUCGUCAUGCGCCAUCCUUUCCCGGGCCCAGGUAUUGCGAUCCGGAUCCUCGGGGACGUCACGCCCGAGCGUGUCAAGAUUGCGCGGCAGGCCGAUCAUAUUUUCAUCAGCAUGAUCAGGGAGGCCGGACUGUACAACGAGAUCAGCCAAGCGUACGCCGGACUCGAUACAAACAAGGCGGUUGGUGUCAUGGGGGACAAACGCCAGGAGGGGUACAUUGUGAUCCUGCGUGCGGUCAAGACCACCGACUUCAUGACGGCAGAGGCGUACCCGUUCAGCAUGGACUUCCUCAUGGACGUGUCUCGCCGGAUAGUGAACGAGGUUGACGGGAUCGCCCUGGUGACCUACAACACGACGAGCAAACCACCCUCGACAAUCGAACUACAGUAG